AAAACAUUUGCAGAGGCUGUCCUAGUUUUCAUCGACCUUUAAAACCACAUAUCGUCUUGCGUGAAGAACCGUGCUGCAGCCGCACCGACAAGAAGUCCUUCGUCUAUUAAUAAUCACGCUGACACCACCUGUCUUUUACUGUCACACUGGUCAGCAGCGAGGCGUGUGGGAUCGGCGUUUCACAACAACUCAUGCUUAAUGCAAAACAGAGCAGCCAGAAAAUAACAGCCCAUGAGAGGAAGCAUGUGAACCCAGUCUUGGAGCACAUCGACGACUGAACACCGCAGAUUUCCAUUUCGCACCAUCGCAGUGCAUCCCGUAAAUGGUCGCCUUAAACACUUGGUAAUCGGAGAAGGGCACUCAUGGCCCACCGUGUGCACAACCGCCAGAGCCCCCUGCCAGUGGCCCAGACCACCGUGUUGGCCCUGCCGCCGUCCAGCCAAGCAAAGGACAUGAGCCCAGGAUUGACGGCGCUGGACUCUCUGCUGUGCGGUGCGUUUGCAGGAGCCGUCGCUAAAACUGUCAUCGCGCCCCUAGAUCGGACGAAGAUCAUUUUCCAAGUGUCCUCCAAAAGAUUCUCAGCUAAGGAGGCGUUCAGGCUCCUCUACUGUACGUACCUGAAAGACGGUUUCCUGAGUUUGUGGAGAGGCAACUCAGCCACCAUGGUCCGUGUCAUGCCCUAUGCUGCCAUUCAGUUCUGCUCUCAUGACAAAUACAAAAAGUUGCUGGGAAGCUACUACGGCUUCCAGGGAAAAACUCUCCCACCCUUCCCUCGUUUCCUUGCCGGCUCACUGGCUGGAACCACAGCCGCCAUGUUGACUUACCCGUUGGACAUGGUACGAGCUCGUAUGGCCGUCACAGCCAGAGAAAUGUACAGCAACAUCAUGCACGUGUUUGUUCGGAUUUCCCAAGAGGAGGGGGUGAAAACUCUUUACCGGGGCUUCACCCCGACGAUUCUAGGAGUCAUCCCAUACGCUGGCAUCACAUUCUUCACAUAUGAAACCCUCAAAAAACUUCAUGCAGAAAAGACGAAACGCUCAGAACCAUACCCACAUGAGCGCUUGGCCUUCGGGGCCUGCGCUGGACUGAUAGGACAGUCUGCCUCAUAUCCUCUGGAUGUGGUUCGACGGCGGAUGCAGACAGCCGGGGUAACCGGAGGAACCUACGGCACCAUUUUGGGAACCAUGCGUGACAUCGUGGUACGGGAGGGCGUCAUACACGGACUGUACAAAGGCCUGAGCAUGAACUGGGUCAAGGGGCCGAUCGCCGUCGGAGUGAGCUUCACCACUUUUGACAUCACACACAACCUUCUCCUCAAGAUGCAUCAACUGGGCUAUUUCACGCACUGAAUCAUUCGUGUAUGUAGCUCACUGAGGAGCUCACGUGGAGACGGCUGCAGUCAGUGUUUGCACCACACAGGUGUGAGAGAGCUGAAUAUCUGAAAUCACCAAACAGAAAAUCACCUCCAGUGUCAGGUGACGUGUGUUUGUUGGUGAGAGUGGAAUAUGUUUGUGUUGUUUUGCACUUUAUAGAAGCACAAUGUUCUCACAAGUGAGUCUUCGUGUUUCUAUUCUUUUUAAUCAGAAUUUGCUCUUAUCCUUUUUCACGCUUUAAAAUCGACAGAUGUGAUUUGUAUCAAGCUUUAAGAUGCUCGUGCUCUCAGAGCAGAGACACGGUGGAACAAAUGAUUGUAUAAUGGUGACCAAGUCAUAUUAUUAAGCUUAUUAAAUGUAUAUAAUGGUGGAAAAGAAAUCAAUAUAUCAGCAACAUAUUCAAAUAUAUCAACAGUCGGGAGUUUUUUUUUUGUCAUAUUGUCAAAUAAGAAAAAUUCAUAAACUGAACGUUCUGUUUGCAUGAGUCCUACCAAAUGUCCGCUUCGCCUUACACAUCUCCACAUACUGUAUUUGUAAAGACACUUGUUUCCAAUUGACUUGAUCAUGCAAUAAAGAAUCUUACAAGUCUGC